AUGUCAAGCGAAGAUUAUGGAAUCAUUCCUAUCGAGAAUUCACCAGAGAUGCUAACAAAGAUGGCAGAUUCUAUUGGUGCUGAUACAUCAAAGUUCACUCUUUCAACUAUCUAUUCUUUUGAUGAAGAAAUUCUUGCCACAAUUCCUCAACCUAUCAAAGCUAUCAUAUUAUUAUUUCCAUUUGGAAAAGAAAAUAGUCCAAUAAGAACACGCCAUUCUGGAGAGAAAGUGCCAGAAGGGGAUUUACCUUAUUAUACUAAACAAAAAGUACAAAAUUUAUGUGGUACUAUUGCAUUAAUUCACGCAAUUUUGAACAAUUUAGAUAUUAUCCCAUUGAAAGCAGAUUCAAUUCUCGACAAAUUUUAUAAACAUACAAAAUCUUUGACUCCUGAUGAGCGUGGUCUUGAACUUACCAAAGAAAAAGAACUGUUUGCAAUACAUAACGCCAUAUCUAAUGCUUCAAAUGGAGCUCAAGAAGGAGAAAAAGCUUUAACUCAUUACUCAUGCUUUAUUGAGCAUGCCGGCCACAUUUGGGAGCUUGAUGGAAGACUUUCAAACAUGGUUGACCAUGGAGUUUCUUCUAAUUUUGCUACCCAAGUAUUUCAAAUAAUACAAACCGAAUUCAUCGACAAACUUGAAGGAAUGGAAAAGUUUAUGUUAGAUGUUGUAGCUCUUUCGAAAAUUUAA